GUUGAAUAUGUUGAAAGAUACAGACAACUGGAGGCAGAAGAACUUGCUUCAUCAAACAGCAGUUGGCCUCCAUGCAAACCAGCACCAUCUCGACCAACUCAGCAUGAAUGCAGUCCUGUGAUUUGUAUGUCUCUUGGCGAUUACAAAUAUCCUGAUCUGCCCAUAUCAAGAUACAAGGAAGAGAUCCUUUCCUUGAUAGAGUGCAACUCGGUAGUAGUUGUGCGUGGAUCUACCGGCAGUGGCAAAAGUACUCAGCUUCCUCAGUAUGUCUUGGAUCACUAUGCGCAACGUUCAAUGUACUGCAACAUCGUUGUUACCCAGCCUAGGAAAAUUGGUGCCAGCAGCAUUGCAAAGUGGAUUAGCAAACAGCGGUCAUGGCCCCUAGGAGAACUUGUGGGUUACCAGAUUGGUUUGGAAAAAGUUGCCUCAAGCGACACAAGACUGAUUUAUAUGACAACUGGGCUUCUCCUUCAGAAAAUGGUUCAAGCCAAAAGCCUCUCAGAAUUCACCCAUAUCUUCAUAGAUGAAGUGCAUGAGCGUACCAAAGAGAUGGAUUUUUUAUUGCUGGUCAUUCGUAAACUGCUGCACACUAAUUCAAGAUUUGUCAAGGUAAUUCUGAUGUCUGCAACCAUCAACUGCCAAGAGUUUGCCAAGUAUUUUGCCAUUCCGGUUCGCAACAGACUCUGUCCAGCCUAUGUGUUCGAAGUGGAAGGCAAGCCCCAUGCAAUUGAAGAAUACUACCUUGAUGACCUGAAGCCUGUCCUCAGUCAUAUCAGGAUUCCUGCAUCGGUUUUUGAGGAACCAGCAAUAUUUCCAGAGAUGUACAAAGCUGCAGUCACUCUGAUCCAGUGGUUUGAUAAUCUGGAAAUGGAAGAAAGUGGGAAAGGAAACCAUAAUUUGCACUUCGUGUCAGAGCGUGGAAGUGUGCUGGUGUUUUUACCAGGUUUGUUGGAAAUAAACCGCAUGCAUGAGCUUCUCACAGCCAUGACUCAUAGGAGGUUCCAAGUAUAUCCACUCCAUUCCAGUGUCACCCUGGAAGACCAGAACAAUGUGUUUUUGGCUCCUGUUCCCAGUUACCGAAAAAUACUCCUGUCUACAAAUAUAGCGGAGAGUUCUGUCACAGUUCCUGACGUCAAAUAUGUCAUUGAUUUCUGUUUGACCAGAACUUUGGUUUGUGAUGAACACACCAACUACCAAAGCUUGAGGUUAUGCUGGGCUUCUAAAAACAGCUGCAAUCAGAGGAGAGGUCGGGCUGGUCGUGUUUCUAAAGGAUACUGCUACAGGCUGGUAUACAAAGACUUCUGGACAAACUGCAUACCUGAGACCACCAUGCCUGAGAUGAUGCGAUGUCCAUUAGAAACUACAGUGUUGAAGGUGAAGCUGCUUGACAUGGGAGAACCAACGGCUUUGCUAGCAACAGCUCUGUCUCCUCCCAAUAUAAGUGACAUUGAACAGACCAUCCUACGUCUUAAAGAGAUAGGGGCCCUAGCAAUUGGAGUCGGUUCUGAAGAAGAAAACCCUUAUGAUGGUGAAUUGACCUUCCUCGGAAGGGUGUUGGCAAAGUUACCAGUGAAUCAGCACCUUGGCAAGCUCAUUGUUCUUGGCCAUGUCUUUGGCUGUCUGGAAGAAUGUCUUAUAAUUGCUGCAGCCCUGUCUUUGAACAGCUUCUUCGUAAUACCUUUCAGACAGCAUCUUGAUGGAUACAGGAAUAAACUGCAUUUUUCUGGGAACAGCAAGAGUGAUUGUAUUGCAGUUGUUGAUGCUUUUAAGGAAUGGCAGCGAAACAGGCAAAAUGGAAAACUCAGACAUCCAAAGGUGGCCGAAUUGUAUGAAGAGUUGAAAAUAAGAGUUGCUGAAUUCAAUAUGCAUGUCAACAGUCAGCCUCCUGCCUUGGAUCAUGAGCAUGUGUAUAAGCAGCGUUUCAUUUUACAGGUCGUUAUGGCUGGAGCUUUCUAUCCAAAUUAUUUUACUUUGGGACAACAUGAUGAGGAACUUGCUGUAAGGGAACUGGCAGGAAAUGAUCCCCAAACUACUGUGAUGUUGCAGAGCAUUCCCCCGUAUGGUUUCCUCUACUAUAAACAGCUGCAGUCUCUCUUCAGACAGUGUGGUCAAGUCAAGUCCAUUUCUUAUGAUGGAAGCAAAGCCUUUGUACAGUUUUCCCGGAAUCCGACUGAAAGCUUUAAAACUCUUCCUGCGGUGUAUCUGGCUCUCAAGAUGUCACAGCUUCGGACACAACUUGAACUUAAUGUGCAUUCCCCAGAAGUGAUUGAAGGGAAAAUGGGAGAAACAGCUAUGCUUGUGAAAGGGACACGAGUGAAUGUGGAUUUUCAGAAGCAUACGGUGGCUCCCGUGCAAAAGUUCAGCAACACUUCGGAAAAACUGCAGACCUUAAGUAGCCUUGACUUAUCUAUCAAUGUCACAGAGGUGGUAGAGGUUGGGCACUUCUGGGGUUACAGAAUCGAUGAGAGAACUAUGACUUUACUCAGAAAUCUGUCCAUUGAAAUCAACCAACUGGAACUGAACCAUUUGCCAGUUCGCCCCUGUCCAGAUUUGGUUUGUUUGGCCCCGUUUACUGAUUGGGAAGAUGAGAGCUAUUACAGAGCUCAGAUCCUGUAUGUGUCUGGAGAGAGUGCAGAGGUUUUCUAUGUUGACUAUGGCAACCGAUCAAAAGUAGCUUUGGACCGCUUACGAGAGAUCCCAAGCAAUCUUCAGGAGCUUCCUUUUCAGGCUCUGGAAUUCAAAAUGCGUAGAAUGCGGCCUGCUGCACAAUCUCUGAUCUGUGGAGAGCAGUGGAGUCGCACAGCGAGUCAGAGAUUUGCUUCAUUGAUCAGCGAUUGUGCUUUAAUGGUGAAAGUCUUUUCAGUCGUGCACGGCGUCUUGCAUGUGGACGUGUUCCGAUAUUUGGGGGCCGUGGAUAUUGUGAACAUCCGUGACAUCCUUAUUGAAGAACGCUAUGCUGAAUUGACAGAAGAUUCCUAUGAAUCCAAGCUAAGCAAUGAGAAUCUCAAGCAUCUGUUUUCAAAUCCAGAAGCAAACCAGGAGAAUAGCGAUGCAUUUCUGCAGAACAACACAAGAAAAGAGAACCGCCUGAUUGAAACGUUGUUGGAGAGCUUUUCCGCCAAUAGAUUGAGUACUCCAAACAGCAAAGCAUCAGUUAUUGGCCCUUUCAAUCCCUACACUCCGAAACUCAGCAGCUUGACCAGAGUCUCCAGAUUCAGACACAUCAUGGUCGAAAGGGAGAGUGUUAAUUCUGUCAUUGUUGCCGAUGCCCCUGAGGAUUCAUUUCAACGGCUCUUGAUUGCCGCCUCCGUAUCAGCAAAUUCAACGGGGACCAAAGUGUUGCUGAGGGAGACCUCUCUCUUGCCUCAUAUCCCUGGACUCCCAGCGUUGUUGAGCAUGUUGUUUGCUCCUGUGAUAGAUCUGAGGGUUGAUGAGAACAGGAAGAAUUACAUUGGUGUCCUUUGCGGUUUGGGAUGGAACAGUACUCUGAGAACGCCUGUCUUCCAAGAUCACGACAUGGAGCUUGUGUUUGAUGUGCAGAUUGAUGUGGAUGACAUCACACAGAUAAACAUUCUAAGGACUUCCAUUAACAAAUUAGUCAGUGAUGGACCAAACAACGUGUUGCAUUUUGGUCAAGAGAGAAUCUCUCAGUUACAGAAUGCUGCUCGUGAGAAGCUUUUAGGCCUGAUCUGCAAACCAAAACCUCGUGAAGUAAUUCCUCCUAAGUGGUAUGCAGAGCCGUAUGAAUGGAGUCAGAUGAGGCCAGCGCUUCUCAUUGACCAGUCUGACCAGAGGAAUGCAAGUAGAAGCCGUGUCUCCCUGUACCAGCUGCACAAGUUGGUAUUGUUAAAUGCCUAAGACGCCACGUGUCAAGCAGACGUAACCAGAAAACCUAUUGAAGCUGAUGGGAUUUGAACGGCAGAUAAGUGUGUUUAGAAUCGAAAUGUUCAAAGAACCUUCACCUUAAUGUUAAAAAUAUGAGAUACCAUCUUGUUGAUGUUUUCCUUGUUGACAUCUUGAAGACCCCUUUUUAAAAAAAAUGUUACUUGCUUUAUUUGAAUUUGGACUGACUUCAAUCCCAGUCCCAUAAAAAAUUGUUCCUGGAAUAGAUAAGUUUAGUUCGCCAGAUGAUUUGGACUACUGCUCCAAUAAUCUUUUACCAUUGUUGGCUGGGUUUUCUGGGUUUUGAAGUCCUCAAAAACAUCUGGAGGGCCAAAAGUUCCUACCUUGAUGAGUAAAUGUUGCUGACCCUCAACUAGCAUGUUGCAGCUUUGUUGCUCAGACCUUGGAGGGUUAAAGAGGAGCCGCCUGCAAAAAUAGGUUCCUCCACAAAGUUAUACAACCCAGUUGCAUGAGGCUGCCAUCGGGCAGGCCAGCCAGCUCCACCUUUGGUUCUUAUGUAGCAGAUGGUGAUUGGAUAGCUGUACCCAGACAGGAACACAAAUGGAGGCAAGCAGUUCAGCUCUGGGUGGAGUGUAGCCCUGGUACCUCCUUCCUUUUGUGUGGGCUAACAAGUCAAUGCAGACUUAACUUGUUAUUUUCUUAAGGAUUUGAGCCAGAGUAGAAUGGAUUUAAGCUGGAUUUAUGCCCUUCCCAGAUGAUUCUGGCCAGUAUAGCCAGUGGAGGUCAUGGGCCAAAAACACCUGGAAAGACCACAGUUGCCUACUUCUGGUUUAAAAAUAUUUGUAAUUUUGCUGCAAUUGAAAAACGUAGGGCAACUGAUACAUAUGAUGAUGUGGCUUAGAUAUGAGCAGGUACUUCACAGAAACAAAGUGAGAUAAAUAUAAUUCAGCCGCUUUAGCUUUGACUGUUCAGUUAACUUUCCCAAAAGGCAAAUAUUAUGUUUGUGAAUUAAAAUGCCCUGGAAGUACGUUUUCUGCCCAGUAUUUCCUUUCUGUUAUUAGCUGUGCUAAAAUUCUAGUUUGUUGUUAAAAAUAAAGUGUUUGA